AUGGAUUCCGUACUAUACAGAAACCCAAUUGAGGCCUUAGCAGCGAUUGUUGUGUGGGUUUCGCUAUUCUGGGUUUUUGCCCUAGCUUUAUCGAGAGUUUAUCUGUACUUCCGACUUGAAAAGCCCAUUUGGAAAUGUUUCCUAAUAGUCUGGAUGGUUUUAAUAAGGCCACUUUUCCCAUCAUUUGUGGUUAAUCAUCUGUUAUUUUUUUUAGCUGGGUUGAUGUGUUUGUUACUUGAAGAGAUCAAAUGCUUAAUCAGUUUGCUUAGUUUUCAAAGUGAAAGGAAAAUUGACUUAACCAAGACUCCAAUGAAUAACAAGCCCUUGAAAGUUGGUACUGAUACAACUAUUCUGUCCGGUGCUAUCCCAGUCCUAAAGAAAUUUUAUAAUGUCACGAAGCCCAAAUCACUGCUGUUUUCACAGAAACAAUCGCGCCAUUCUAUGCACCACCGUGGUCCAAGAAAAUCCAAGAGCACCCCAGAAAGAAGGGCUAUUGUUAAAGAUUAUCCUUUCCCAAGGUUGGAUUUCUCCCAAGCAAUAGUCAAUAUUAUUAGGCGAAUGGCAGCUGUGAUGAAUGAAGUGCGUGAUUGCAAUUUUGAUAGUGAUGAAUUUUCGCGUUGA